AGAAAAUGGCAAUAUCUCAUGAUCCAGCGACUUGGCGUCUUGUGUCCUUAUAAGAGUCAGUCUGACAGUGAACCAGCCUGAUCUUAUCACAUUCAUUCUUACCUAUGAAUACGAUAAGUCGAGAGGCAGUUCUCUUCGCCGCAUAAACCUCUCCAGAGUCGCCACAUUCGCCUUCUUAUCCCGUCACAUACCACGUCCGAGGCCACCACACCGCACGUCCACGAUGGUCACGAACGACUCCUCCAUCCUAAUUGUCGGAGCAGGCACAUGGGGCUGUUCCACCGCCCUUCACCUCGCUCGCAGAGGGUACAAGAAUGUCACAGUCCUAGACCCCUACCCCGUCCCGUCUGCCAUCUCGGCUGGAAACGAUGUGAACAAGGUCAUUUCUUCAGGGCAAUAUAGCAACAGAAAGGAUGAAAUUGAAGUGAAUGAGAUGCUCGGCGAGCAGGCCUUCCAGGGCUGGCUGAACGACCCCCUCUUCAAGCCAUACUACCACGACACGGGCCUGCUAAUGUCGGCUUGCACGCCAGCUGGACUGAGCCGCCUGGGUGUCAAGGUCAGACCCGAGGCAGAUCCGAACCUCGUCGAAAUGACUCAAACAGAGCAGUUCCAGAGUCUCGCACCCGAGGUGCUCAAGGGCGGUUUUCCCGGCUGGAAGGGAUUUUUCCUCCGCUCCGGUGCUGGCUGGGCCCAUGCUCGCAAUGCUCUCGUGGCCGCUGCGAGAGAAGCACAGAGACUUGGUGUAAGAUUCGUGACCGGCAACCCGGCAGGCAAGGUGAUCACGCUGAUCUUUGAGAACAACGACGUCAAAGGCGCCGUCACAGCCGACGGCAAGAUCUGGCGGGCGGACCAAACGAUCCUUUGCGCUGGUGCCAACGCAGGGCAAUUCCUGGACUUCAAAGAUCAACUGCGUCCGACCGCUUGGACGCUGGUUCAUAUCGCGCUGACGCCUGAAGAGCAGCCGCUCUACAAGAACAUGCCCGUUAUUUUCAACAUCGAGAAAGGAUUCUUCUUCGAGCCGGAUGAGGAGAAGGGAGAGAUCAAGAUCUGCGACGAGCAUCCCGGCUACACCAACAUGAUCCAAUCCUCGGAGGGCAAGUUGCAGAGCCUUCCCUUCGAGAUGACGCAAGUGCCUCUGGAGUCCGAAAGGCGAGUACGGGCGCUUCUCGCGGAAACGGUACCUCAACUUGCAAAUCGCCCAUUCAGCUUUGCGCGCAUCUGCUGGUGUGCCGAUACUGCAAAUCGCGAGUUUAUCAUUGAUCGCCAUCCACAACACAAGUCCCUCAUUCUGGGUUGCGGCGCUUCAGGCAGAGGCUACAAAUAUCUGCCAUCAAUUGGAAGCUUGAUCGUCGACGCUAUGGAAGAUAAGGUUCCGGCGAAGGUCCACGAGCUGAUUCGGUGGAGUCCAGAGAUUGCCUCCAACAGAGAUUGGAAUGACACGCUGGGCAGAUUCGGAGGUCCAAACAAAGUCAUGGAUUUUCAUGAUGUGAAGGAAUGGACGAAUGUAAGAUACAGGGAUAUAUCCAAGUUAUAGUGUGGCCAAGUAGAGAAGAGACAAUUCCAAAAUUUGUAAUCCGAGG